AUGCUCGAGAAGUUGGAUGAGCAUCCGGAUGACUGGAGUACUAUUCUCGUAUUCAUGCUCAGUUCUCGUCUAGAUACCGUAACCAUGCGUAAUUGGGAGACAUAUCGGAGGUCAACAAAUGUUCCUACGUACAAUGAACUCGUCGAUUUUCUGCGCAGUCAUAGUUUGGUCCUUCAGUCUGUUGCCGCAUCUAAGCCUCGACUAUCCGAUCCUCCUCGCAUGUCUUCCGCAUCUCGUUCCAACACUUUCAAACUAACGUCUGUGCAUUCAGCCGUGUCGCCGUCGCAGAAAACAUGUCCUUUCUGCAAGAAGUCACCUCAUUCACCGUUCCAGUGUGAAACCUUUCGCAAAAUGACCGCUACUGAGCGGUACGGAGCCACCAAGAAAAAUUCGCUCUGCAUUAAUUGCCUAUCGUCAUCUCAUCUCGUCAAGAGCUGUUCUAGUGGAGCUUGCCGUGUGUGUAAUCAAAAGCACCAUACGAUGCUGCAUCAACGAACCAAUCCGCCAAAUAGCCAAUCAAACCAACCCCACCAAUCGAAGCUUCCGCCAUCUGGUUCGCAGUCAUCCUCCUCGUCCUACACUCCAGCAAACCACUCACAGUCGUCUCACUCAAGCAAUCUACAUGCGUCUCCUGAGAACCCAGCCCCCACCGUCUCUGCAAUUUCGACAAGCCACAUUUCAUCAGCACCCAACGAGCAACAGCAUAUCGUCCCAACAACGGUGUUAUUGUCAACCGCACUAGUGAAAGUUUUUUUUGCUAGUGGACAGUUCCUGUGGGCCCGAGCUCUUCUGGAUUCAGGGUCGCAGCUUAACUUCAUAUCGGAGCAGCUUGUCCAAAAAUUGAAGCUGAAUCGUGCAAGGGAAUUCAUCCCAAUCAGUGGUGUUGGACUUUCGUCUACUUUAUCCAAAUAUUCUACUACCAUUCGUAUCCAGUCCCAUCACCCUGGUUUUGAUACCAGUUGGAAAUUCCACUUUCUUCCUAAGAUCACGAUGGAAUUACCAAAUCAAGUCGUCGAUGUGUCAAGCUUCAAGUUUCCUUCGGACAUCGUGCUAGCGGAUCCUUCAUUCGGUCAACCCGGUCCAAUAGAUUUAAUUUUCGGCGUAGAAAACUUCUACGAUCUCCUAAGGGAUGGUCAAUUACAGAACGGUCCCGGAGAACCUAUUCUUCAAAACACUGCACUAGGAUGGUUGGUGUCUGGAAAGGUCAGAUCUGGAAGGAUAAAAUCAUCAGUCGUCAAUCUCGCUUGUUCAAUAGCCACAAUCGAGGAGCAGCUAGCUCGGUUUUGGGAAAUCGAGUCAUGCCGCACUACCAGUACGUUCUCAUUGGAGGAAGCUGCAUGUGAGGAACAUUUCGCCAGAACAACUUUCCGAGAUCCUAAUGGUCGUUUCGUCGUCGCUUUCCCUAAACGGGAAUCAACUUUUUCCAAACUCGGGAGUUCGAAAGAAAUUGCUACUCGUCGUUUCUUAUCUUUGGAACGAAGACUUCUCGCUAAUCCUGCCCUGAAGGAUAAUUAUUCAGCAUUCAUUCGUGAGUAUGCGGAGCUCGGACACAUGGAGAUGGUAGCCAACCCUGACCCACAACUACCAACAUACUAUCUACCCCAUCAUUGUGUCAUUCGACCAGACAGCAUUACCACGAAGUUGAGAGUGGUAUUCGAUGCAUCAUGUCCAACGAAUACUGGGGUGUCUCUUAAUGAUACCCUCAUGGUUGGUCCGCAGAUACAAGACGAUCUGGUUGCCAUACUCCUUCGAUUUCGAUUUCCUCAGUACGCUAUCAUCUCUGACAUCGAGAAGAUGUACAGACAAAUCAGGAUGUCUCUCCUCGAUCAGCAACUCCUACUGAUUCUUUGGAGAGAGUCACCUUUGGAACCUAUAAAGACAUACCGACUGACCACAGUAACAUAUGGUACUUCAUCGGCCCCGUACCUCGCGACCAAAUGUUUACAGCAACUCUCGGAAAUUGGAUCCAAGAGCCAUCCUGUAGCUGCGGCUGUAAUGGGCAAGGAUUUUUAUAUGGAUGACUUACUCACAGGUACCAACACUGCUGAAGAAGGUCAAGCGCUCAUCCAACAGCUUCUCCAGCUGACGCAAUCAGCAGGGCUACAGCUUCGUAAGUGGGCUUCUAACAGUAAAGAAAUUCUGCAGGCUGUUCCCGAAAACCUGAGGAAUGAACGCACAUUGCACAUUGAACUUCGUGAGUCAACAGAAAACCUCGUUCGAAUCGCACAGGAAGAACGGUUUACUCAAGAUUUUAAAGAUAUAUCUCGCGAUGGACAGGUCAAGAAAAAUUCGAGGCUGAAGGCUCUUUCUCCGCUGAUAGCCAACAACAUAUUGCGCGUCGGGGGUCGGCUGCGAAACGCUCCAGUAACGUUUAACCAGCGGCAUCCGAUGAUCCUCCCAGAUCGACAUCCGUUGACUGAGCUGAUCCUAAGGUUCUAUCAUCUUAACCUUCUCCAUGCUGGACCUCAGUUAAUGACAGCAGCGGUUCGGGAACGAUUUUGA